AGCGUCUUUCUUCUUCCGGCACACGCAAACAUGGCGCCGGCGGUCCCCCUGUUAGCAGUUCGAGGCUCGGCCGGCACGUCUCUGCUCCGUGGACCUCCACAGUGUGAGCAGCACUCAGCCUUCAGCAGUGACUGUGGAGUCUGCAGAUGUGUGACCUUCAGCAAAGACGGGACGCUGUUGGCGUGGAGCAACAAAAACGGCGUCUCGGUGGUGAAGUCCUCCGACGGCUCCUCGGUGUCGACCUUCGACCUCCCAAAAACAGCCCUGAUGGAGAUCUCUCCUCUGAACAACGUCCUGGUUACCUGGCAACCGUACACCAAGACUCAGGACAGUCCUCAGGGCGAAGCCAACCUGCAGCUGUUUGACCUGCAGAGCGGCCAACUCAUCAAAGCUCUGUAUCAGAAGAAGGUCGACUCCUGGUGUCCCAGCUGGUCUGAAGACGAGAAGAUCUGUGCGAGGAUCGUCAACAACGAGCUGCACUUCUACGAGAACAACGACUUCAACUCCAUCGCCAACAAGCUGCACAUGCAGAAAGUGUCCGACUUCGCUCUGUCGCCUGGAGGUCAGCCGAGCAAGGUGGCCGUCUACGUCCCCGGCACCAAAGGCGCUCCGUCCUUCGUCCGUCUCUACCAGUACCCGGUCCUCGGAGGUCCGACUGCUGCUCUGGCCAACAAGAGCUUCUUCAAGGCCGACAAGGCGACGAUGCAGUGGAACAAGAAAGCGUCGGCGGUUCUGGUGACGGCCAGCACCGAGGUGGACAAAACCGGAGCGUCUUACUACGGCGAGCAGACGCUUCACUAUCUGGCCGUGAACGGGGAGACGGCGCUGGUCCAGCUGGCCAAGGGCGGUCCGAUCUACGACGUGGCCUGGAGCCCGAGCUCCUCCGAGUUCUGCGUGGUGUACGGGUUCAUGCCGGCCAAGGCCACCGUCUUCAACCUCAAGUGUGACCCAGUGUUCGACUUCGGAACCGGACCCAGAAACGCUGCCUACUACAGUCCUCAGGGUCACAUCCUGGUUCUGGCCGGGUUCGGGAACCUUCGGGGUCAGAUGGAGGUUUGGGACGUGAAGAAAUACAAACAGGUGUCCAAACCUCUGGCUCCGGACGCCACCCACUUCUCCUGGUGUCCGGACGGCGAGCAUGUCGUCACGGCGACCUGCGCCCCCCGGCUGCGGGUCGGUAACGGUUACAAGAUCUGGCACUACACCGGCUCGGUGCUGCACACGUUCGAGGUGGCAUCGGGCUCCGAGCUGUACGAGGUUCGCUGGCAGCCGUUUCCCGACGGCAGCUUCCCGGUAAAACCCAUCCGGUACCAGGCGGCGCCCAGCGAGCUCGGAACCACGCAGGCCCCGCCCACUCAGGCGUACCGGCCCCCGGCCCUGAGACACCUGCCGGCCACGGCCAGCUCCAAGCUG